CUGAAAUGCAUAUCAGUCUCGUCUGCGACCAAUUUUGCCUGUGUCUUCUCUAUUCCGCAACGCGCUUCUCUCGCAUGCUUCUCAUUUUGAGCAAUGAAGGAGGGCCCAGGGUUGAAAUAUGGCUUUUGACUCCGUUGGUCUGAAACGAAUCCCAAGAUCUCGUGUGAUUAUUACGAGAAGCGGCAAGCCUAACUCAGGACGAAGCCGCUGGUAGUCAAGCUGCUCCCGCCUAUCCCACCCAAGGUAUACUGGAACCUCCCCGCGCUAGUCGAGGACACAGCUCCCUCAUCGUUUCACGGAAGCAAAACAGGGGAAAUAACAAUUGAUGCUCUCAAUUGUUUGGGGCCCUUCCGUGCUUUUCGCGGCAUCGUCAGGGGAGGUUCGCCGUCUUCUGCCGUCUACCCAGAUCUGAAAGCAUGGAUAGCCUCCACGUUCACGGAGUCUACUUACCGAAUUUGGAGCGACCCUCAGAUCUGCUCUUCUCCCUUGGGAGAUCAAGUCCACUCGGGAGCAUCGGUCUACGCAUACUCAGAUUUUCCUCAAGAUUCUGCACACCGCUUAAUCUUACCAAUGCCAGCUCGACGUGAAAUCCGAGGGGUUGCACUUGGCCGUUUGCUUUGAAUUGGCGAUGAGGACAUUUAAAGGCUGCCCGCAAAUAAGCUCCAGAGUCCAUCCUCAUCUUCCUUUCCUUUCCCUUUCCUACUCUUUCAACUUAUUCUCAGACAAUGUCUUUUAUCAAGUCCGACUCUUUCGUUCUUCCCGACUUCAUCUCAUACUGCCGGUAUCCCGUCCGUACCAACCCUCGUGGACGGGAAGUCGCCGCAGCCUCCGAGUCCUGGCUCCUCGCAGGUGCCCACUUGACUACGAAGAAGCGCCGGGCAUUUCUUGGUCUCCAGGCCGGGAGCCUCGCGGGCAUGUGCUAUCCUGACGCGGACGAGGAGCAUCUGCGCGUAUGUGCAGAUUACAUGAACUACUUGUUCAAGCUGGACGACUGGUCGGACGAGUUCGAUGCCAAAGAUAUCGAUAGCAUGAGGGACUGCGUCAUGAGCGCGUUGAGAGACCCAUUCGGAUUCGAGACGGACAAAGCAGUAGGAAAGUUGGCGAAAUGUUUCUUUGGGCGCUUCGUGCAAGACGGAGGUCCCAACUGCACUCAGCGAUUCAUCGACACGAUGGUGCUCUUCUUCCGCGCAGUGACUCAACAAGCUCUUGAUCGUGAACAUGACGAUAUCCCAGACCUGGAGUCAUAUAUCGCCCUUCGACGGGAUACAAGCGGGUGCAAGCCUUGCUUUGCUCUCAUUGAAUAUGCCGCUGGCAUCGACCUCCCCGAUAUGGUCAUGAACCAUCCAUACAUAGGUAUUCUUGAGGAUGCGACGAACGAUCUUGUGACGUGGACGAACGACAUCUUCUCGUACAACGUCGAACAAGCCCGAGGCGACACUCAUAACAUGAUCGUCGUCAUCAUGAACCAGCAAGGUCUCACAUUGCAGGAAGCGAUUGACAGCGUCGGCGACCUUUGCAAAGACACCAUCGAUGCUUUCGAGUUUGUUCGCCGCUCACUUCCGUCUUGGGGUCCCGACCUCGAUCGCCAGGUUCAGUUGUACAUUGAUGGUCUCCAGAACUGGAUCAUCGGCUCUUUACACUGGAGCUUUGAGACGAAGCGAUAUUUCGGGGACCAAGGGCAGGAAAUCAAGAAUCAGCUCGUUGUGAAGCUCCUUCCCAAGAAGAACAUUGAGGUCUCUGUGUCCCCUGCUCCAGCUGUUUUCUCAUCAAAACACUAGUAGUGCUUAUAAUCUAAGCUGUUUUGCCUAACCUUAUUCUCAUCUGGACUUCGAACUAAUCCUCUCGUUACGCUAUUUAACUCUUACAUAUAAAAUUUAUCAUCUAUGUAUAGAUUUUCCUAGAUAUUCUUCUUUUUUAUAGAUGGCCUUCUCAACACUCGCUACGUUAUUUCGCAGAUCACUCGCACUCUUUUGGUCCUUUACUCUCCCGUUUCUCUGUAGCCCUCUCUUGACUGCAUUGCUGCUCGCGCCGUGUCGCGUCUCAAUCGCGUCAAUAAUAUACUCAGUUUGAGUUUUCCC